AUGGACGAGAGCGAAGGAGGAGUAGUUGAGAUUGGAAAUGGGGUGGAGGAGGACGCGAAGCAGGCAGCUUUAGAAUGGUAUAGGAGGUUGAAUUUAGAAGGAGGUGUACGACAGGCUCAAGAAAUUGAUGCUCGGGGUUUGUUGUUGUUUAUUGGGUGUUUCGGGAUUCCACAAGCAUUUAAAAAUGAGGAUAUUAACCAUUUGAUGCAACAAAGUCACAUCAAGAUGAUUUCGGGUUCCCUUAAGAGGUCUAGUGUUCUCAUGGCAAAGAUUCCUGAAACAAUAGAGGAGAUGUUGAAGAAAAAUAAGGUAGUUGACACAGUUUAUUUUACCUUUAUUUUUGGACUUGAGGGUAGAUUUUACCCUAAGAGACUAUUGACAUCGUUUUUACAUGAGUCUGAAGUGAAGUUAUUGGAUAAAAUUAGGAGUCUUGAACAAAUGGAAGGAUCACAAGAUUCGGUUCUUACUGAGAUUAUUGGAGUAAAAAGGAGAUACUUUGGUGGUUUCAAAUCUGUUAUCCAAUGUUUGGGACGUAACCAAAUUGAUCAUUUUAAAUUUCUUCCAGAGUGGGAACUCAGUAAGAAAAUACAUUUGCAAAUGAAACCACCACACAUGGAACCUGAAACGUCCAAUGCACAAACCCUAGAUCAUAAUGUUAUGAAUGCCUUUGUAAUUAGUCUUGAGUCCUUGUCUCGAGACGUGGCUAAAGUGAAUGCUACGGUUGAGAAGUUAGGAGUGGAAGUGGCCUCUAUUAGUGGCCGAAUAGAAAGGGUAGAAAGUCAACGGAGUUCUCGACCCUCAACUCCCCAAAACACAUCCCCAACCAUUACCCUCGAAGACACACACCAAAGAAUGUACCCACCAAAUGCCAUACCUCAAGACAACUAUUAUUCACAAGGCCGAAGCCUUGAAGGACCUAGCCAUUCUCCAUAUCCCCAAGUCCCACAUGAUGGAUUUGGAACCCAAAUGCUACCCUUAAAUCUGACUCCUCCAAACCAAAAUCAUCCAAUCCAAAGACCUCCACCACUAAAUGCCAAUCCGCCCUACCAAAUUCCAAAUGCCCAAAACCCACCAAUGCGAGAAGAGGGAUUUGUGAAGAAGAACCGAAAGGAAGGGUAUGAAAUGUAUGAUGAUCCUUAG